CUAGAUCUUCCAUCUGAAACUGACAGACUUUCCUGGAACUUUCUGAGACUCAGAACUUUUAUUGUUUUGACUUCUGGACAUUUUUGGUUUGAGAAGUUCUCUGAAAAUAGAUUCCUGAUGGUAACUCUCUGGUUAGAUCUUUGUUCCUCUGAGGACCAGGAAUGUUCUGGAUCUUCUCAUGUCCACGCUGUCCAACUUUUUUUUUCUUCUCCUGCAGAUCUGCAGAACAUCACAGCUGAACCUGGACAGGAUGUCACUCUGAGAUGUAAAGAUCUUCAGAUCGGGAAAAUCGCACUUCUACUGUGGAGCAAAGAUGAUCUUGAGGAGAUGAAUAUGUUUGUGAUUAGAAAUGGACGACCACUUCCAGCAGAUCAGCAUAAAUCUUUCAGGAACCGAGUGUUUCUGAAGAACAGUCAGAUGAAGGAUGGAGAUCUGUCUGUGGUUCUGAAGAACGUGACGGUCGAUGACACUGGAACAUACGAGUGUAGAGUCAGACUAGAGAAUGAUCCACAGAGAAACAGGAAGCUGAUCUCCACCAUCAACCUGUCAGUGAUUCCUCCAGGAGAUAAAGGAGAAGAUGAAGAUGGAGUCGGUCGUGGUCUUCUGGGUCUGAUGGUUCUGCCAGUUCUGGUUGUGGUUCUGGUUGUGGUUCUGUGGAUCUGCAGGAAGAAGUCCAGAGGUUUUCCUGCAGAAUCCUCAGACAAACCCACAGAGGAUCUGUGAGGUUAACCCUUUACAGCAGCUGACCUCUGAUGACCCCUUCUUUCAACGACUGAUGCUCUCAGUUCAUGUGGUUCCAGUGAGAACUGAAGAGGAACCAAGAGAACACUGGAAUGACACGAACUCCAGAACCUGUUCCACAUGUACAAUCACUGAGAGCUGCAGCUCUGCAGGUCAACAGUCAGGAGGAAGAAACCAGACGAUUGGAUCAACAGGAGAAGAUCUGAGGAUCAGGAAGGAUCACAGACUCUGGAAGUUUCUUCUUUAAACCAAAGUCAGUAUUUUAGGAUUUAGAUGAAGAUGAACAAUCAUGUUCUACUGUAGCGAGAAACCUUCAAGCCUUAAUGCAGGAGGCCAGAUCCAGGUCAAAGGUCACAGAGGGAAGAACAUCGACUGUAUGUGAGAACUGGAUUGAGUGACAUCCAUAGAGAAUGUUUUUUUCCGUUUCCAACCAGAUGAAGUCAACUCAGCCGCCAUUUUUUUUUUUUGCUACCUGGACACCGCCAUGUUGGAGCCAGUCAUCGUCAGUGAUUGGUCAGUCGGUCUGUGUGUGUUUCUAUGGUAACCACUCUCUCCAAUCAGCAAUGUGGCUGUUGGGAAGGCCACACCCCUUCCAGUUGAAAUCUGUCAAACGUUUUGAGCCUUUGCAGGCUCCGCCUACUUUUCCUGAGGCCUCUGAUUGGUCCGUUUAGAACUUAAAGUAUCCUGUCAGACGUUCUAAAGGAAUCUGAUCCAGAAUGUUUAUUCUGACCAAUAGAACGACAGGAACAGCUGAUUGUUUCUAUAGAAGUCUGUGGGGGUACUUCCUGUUUGGAACGCCAGGGGGUGGAGUCACUCAGUCCAGUUCUCUAGAUACAGUCAAUGGUUGAAACCAAAAAAGAUCAAAGCACCUGGAAGGUUCCGCCUUUAUGCUUUUAUUUUGAAAUUAUUUAUUUUUUUUACAUCAUUUUGAGUGUGUUACAUGUUAUUGAAAUUCCUCAAGUGUUCUUCGUCAUCAUUCAUGUUGGGGGAGGGGCUUCAUGGGGUCAUCUGAGGUCAAAUCAGGGUCAACGUUCAAGUCAAACCUCCAUUUAAAGCUGAUACUUCACUGUCUCUACUGGCAGCUCAGAUUCAGAGAGGGGGCGGGGCUACAGGACAUGAUUGACAUGUGGUGACAGAGGUCAUGAUGAUGUCACUUCCUCUGCAGAACCGCGUCUGCUGGCGUGGUCCUGCAGAGGAACAGAACAGAAACCAGACUGAAAGUGACCCUCAUUUGACCCCGUAGUGUUCCUGUACCGUGACCUUCUGGAGGUCAGCAGACGUUCCUGCUGCUGGAGGAGAAAUGUUCUGAUCCAUAAACUGCUCUGAUUCCAAUAAAAACCUGUCUGAAGGAA